GCGGCCGGGCGCCGCCAUGCGCCUGGCUGCGCUGCUGGCCGCGCUGCGGCCCGUGCUGCCGCUCGUGCUGGGCCUUUCCCUGGGCUGCAGCCUGAGCCUGCUGCGCGCCUCCUGGAGCCACGGCGGCGGCGAGGACCCGUGCCUGGGGGCGGUGGGCCGGGCCGGGCCCCCCGCCGGCGGAGCGCAGCCGGAGGCCGGAGAUGGGCGGCCGGGCCAGGGGCACGAGGACUUCAGGCCUAGGAUUGUGCCGUACUACAGGGACCCCAACAAGCCUUACAAGAAAGUGCUCAGAACUCGCUACAUCCAGACAGAAUUGGGAUUCCAUGAGAGACUGUUUGUGGCAGUGCUGACUUCCAAGGCUACCCUGAAUACGUUGGCAGUGGCAGUGAACAAGACUGUAGCCCAUCACUUCCCACGCCUGCUGUAUUUUACGGGGUUGCGCAGUGCCAAGGUGCCUCAUGGCAUGGUGCUUGUGGCCCAUGGAGAUGAGCGUCCUAUCUGGCUUAUGUAUGAGACCAUGUACUAUAUCCAUCAGCACUUUGGUUCUGACUAUGACUGGUUCUACAUCAUGCAGGAUGACACCUAUGCACAGGCUGAACAGGUCAAGGCUCUGGUGACACACCUAAGCAUUAACCAAGAUGUCUACCUGGGACGAGCAGAGGAGUUCAUCGGGGGAGAUGAGCAGGCCCGCUAUUGCCACGGUGGCUUUGGCUACCUGCUGUCCCGCAGCCUGCUUCUUAAGCUCCAUCCUCACCUGGACAGCUGCCGCAACGAGAUCCUUAGUGUGCGCCCAGACGAGUGGCUGGGGCGUUGCAUCAUUGAUUUCCUGGGUAUCUCUUGUAUUUCCCAGCUCCAGGGUCAGCAUUAUCACACUUAUGAACUGGCCAAAAAUGCUCAGCCAGAAAAGGAGGAAGAAGAGGAGUUCCAAGCAGCUCUUGCUGUGCACCCUGUUACUGAUGUGACAUUGAUGUACCGUCUGCACAAGCACUUCAGCAGGAUCCAGCUGGAGAGAGCCUACCAGGAGAUCCAGGAACUCCAGAUGCAGAUCAGGAACCUGACAUCACUGACUCCUGCAGGUGAGGCAGGCUUGACGUGGCCUGUGGGGAUUAAUGCCCCAUUUCUUCCAAAGACACGUUUUGAGGUAAUCAGCUGGGACUACUUCACUGAGCAGUACCUCUUCUCCUGUCCUGAUGGCUCUCCCAAGUGUGAGCUCUCUGGAGCCAGCAAAGCAGAUAUCAGUGACAUUAUUGAGUCAGCACUUGAGCAACUUAACAGUCGCUACCAGCCUUUGCUCCGCUUCAGCAAGCGGCAGUUGCUGAAUGGCUACCGGCGUUUUGACCCCACACGGGGCAUGGAGUAUACACUGGACCUACUGCUGGAGGCGGUGACCCAAAAGGGCCACAGUCACGUUCUGGUCAAACGAGUGAGCUUGGUGCGGCCCUUAAGUAAGGUAGAAAUUAUUCCCAUGCCAUAUGUAACAGAGGCCACGCGGGUGCAAUUGGUGCUUCCAUUGACAGUACAGGACUUGGAUUUUGUGGCGAACUUCCUGGAUACAUAUGCUAUGAACACACUGGACACACAUGAUAAUGCCUUGCUGACUUUGCUUUUCAUCUACCAUCCGUACGAUGCUCAGCGAGUCAGCCAAGUGGAUGUAUUUGCUGGAGUCAAGACCAUGGUAGGAGAACUGGAGAAACGCUAUGCAGAAGUUAAAAUCCCCUGGAUUAGUGUCAAAACUGAGGUGCCAUCACAAGUGAAACUCAUGGAUAUAGUCUCAAAGAAGCAUCCUGUAGACACUCUGUUCUUCUUGGCCAGUGUCUGGACAGAAAUCAACAUGGAGUUCCUGAACCGCUGCCGAAUGAAUACUAUCAGCAAUUGGCAGGUCUUUUUCCCAGUGCAUUUUCAAGAGUUCAACCCUGCACUGGUAUACCGUGGUGAGCAGACUGCUUCCUCCAGCACAGACUUCCUGAGGGAUGGGCAUUUUGACAGACAUUCCUUUGCUGAGGCCUGCUUUUACAACUCUGACUACAUGACAGCACGUACUAAGCUAGCAGCUGAUAUCCUAGACCGAGAUGAGGUGCUGGAGGGCAUGGAAGUAUUUGAUGUCUUCCUCCACUAUUCUGGUUUGCACUUAUUUCGGGCUGUGGAGCCAGGGCUUGUGCAGAAAUAUGCACUGAGGAGCUGCAAUCCCCGGCUUAGUGAGGAGUUAUACCACCGUUGUGUCCUCAGUAACUUGGAAGGGCUUGCAUCACGCUCGCACUUAGCCAUGGCCCUCUUUGAGCAGGAACAGGCCAACAGUACUUGAGAGACUGGAAACAUCAGGAGUUACUCAGCACCUUAACACUUGUCACUUUCCAUCCCCUUCCCGGCCUAGCCGUGGGUGAAGGGCAUGUGAGGUCAAGGGAGGAGGGAGGCUUUCCCAGCCUUGCUCUGCAGCACAGGCAUGGGCUGUGGAGAGAGGCUGUUUUUGUGGGGUUUUAUUUUUUUGUGUGUGGACUCCUUUGUUUUUUUGUUGUUGUUUUACUGUUUUGUUUUUUUAAUCAAUAAAGAUUUCUUUCCAAGCAGA